UCUUAUUUCUCACGUCUCAAUAUAUCCAACAAUGGGGAGCUGCCCAGUUGUAUUGCACACUCUUUUUGUGUUUCAUUUCGAAGAAAGACGCAAUUGAAGAGACGCGUGAUUUGAGACUGAUCAGUUUGCUCGGGAGUGUAAAUAACCUGAUUUCCAAGGUAAGUUAAUGAGUAGUUGAAGUCAGUGAUAUGGAGGUUAUUUCUGGCGAGGCUUAGGGGUCAAAAAAUCCAUGAGGUCUCUCGAAUCGCUAAUGAAAAUGUCGAUAGCAGGAAAAAGAGUGGAUAACCGAGAUUGAUGUUUAAGCUAGGCAUUGAGAAAGCUUUUGAUACGUAAACUGGGAGUGCACUAUCAUGAUUUUCAAGAGCCUGAAUUAUGACUCCUUUUCCGUUCCUUUUGGUUCUUUUCAAUGGGAAGGCUAUUGAUUUCUUCGAUUGAAUAAAGGAUUGAGACAAGGUGACCCUAUAUCUCCUUUCCUUUUUAAUUUGGUAAUGGAUGUUUUGUCAAUGAUAUUGGAGACAGUUAGACAAAAUGGAAUUUUAACGAGAUUUUAUAUGAAUAAUGAAGAUUUGGCAAGAGGAGAUGUCACGCAUCUUCUCUACACCGAUGACACGAUUGUGUUUUGCGACGCGUUAGCAGAGCACGUUCUAAGUCUUCUUGCAACUUUGGUUUGCUUUCCAACUGUAACAAUUCUCAAGAUCAAUAUUGAGAAGAGUCAUAUGUAUCCGGUGGUAAAUUUGUAGAAUCCAGAAUUCCUUGCAGGCAUCUUCGGGUGUGGGUGGAAGUAUAUACCAGCCAUCUACCUUGGCCUUCCUUUAGGGGUGAGUCCAAACUCUGUUUCGGUGUGAAAACUUGCUCUCACUAAGUUUCAUGCUAUGUUAGAAGGAUGGAGGGUUAGGUUUCUCUCACUUGGGGAUCGUCUAAGUUUAUGUAGCAUAACUUUAUCAAGUCAAGCACUUUUCAUGUGCUCUCUACUAAAGACACCAAAAGGCAUCAUCUCCAAUAUGGAAUAGAAGAAAAGAAGGUUUAUUUGGUUUGGAAUUCAAGAAAAAGAUAAGUAUCAUCUCAUGAACUGGAGCCGUUGUAAAGUGUUUAAAGAGAAAUUGAAAAUUGGGGUUUAUUGGUAUUGAGAGCAUGAACUCCGCUCUUUUGUCGAAAUGGCUACGCAAAUACGUGACAUAUAAAGAUUCUUGGUGGAGGAAACUUAUACAAGUGACAUUCGAUAAUCCUCUCUCCAUAUGAAAAUCGGGACCAUCGGCUAGAAGGUUGGGAUGCUCACUUUGGAGAAAAAUUGUUAAAGAAGAAGGGAAGUUUUGGAAGCUUGAUUAUAUUAACCUAGUUGGAGGUUCUUGGGUUUCCUUCUAGGAAGAGUGUUGGAUGGAGAAAAAGAUUCUUGCUCAUGAUUCCUGAGAGUCGUUGCUGCUUCUGCUAUUCCGCCGGAUGGGUUACUGAUCUUAUAUCUUUUUCUGAUGGGAGUGUGAGUUGAGAUUUGGAUUCUUAUAUUUAUUUGAGAGAGGGAGAGGGGAGGCUAACCGUGAUAAAUGAUUGAGGUUGACAUGGGGGCCAAGAUGCGAGAUCAGGGUUCUCUGUGUGGUCGAUGUACGAGUGUUUAACUACCAAAAAGUUUCCUGGCACUCCGGAUUUUCCAUACAAAUCAGUGUGGCAACAAUAGGUGCCAACCAAGGUAAGAAGUUUUGUUUGGCUUCUCUUUCAUAAUCUAAUUUUGAUGCAAGAUAACAUCAAGAGAUGUGGUUGCAGAUCGUGAGUAGAUGCUACCUUUACAUUGCCAGAUAGCAUGUAAGACUCCUCCAAAAUCCUCUUAACACCGGGCACUUCUUUAACUGAUUCGUUAGUAAGCAUUAACAUAUUAGGCCAUUGGCAGCUUCAAAAUAUGCAAACAUACCUCCAUUAAUUCCAACACUUAUAAUAUGGUUGGACACACAUUCCUCUAUAGGACUCAUAAAUUUAUAUAGAAACCCCAUUGCACUUAUUAUAGUGGAAACCCCCCAAUUGGUCGUGUCAAAUGCUUUCAUAAAAUCUAUUUGGUAGUGCAUCUAGCUUAUAUAUUCUUCUUUCUUUGACUAAUUCUUAUACUAUAAGUAUGUUUUCACUAAUCAGUAUACCCUAAAUGAAUGCAGAUUGGGAAGGUUCAAUUACUCUACGAGGAACAUGAUACCAUAUAUUAGUCAAGAUUUCUGAAAUCCCUUUAUAAAGAGUAUUGCAACAGGAUAUUGGUCAGGAAUCUUUCAUGUGGUCAGCAUUUUAAAUCUUAACAACUAGGGUAAAGAUACUAGAGUUCACCUUUUUUAGUAUAAUCCAUGUUGCAAAGAAUUGCAUAACCAUGUCUUCAUCUCUAGUACAAAUAAAAGUUCCACCAGUAGAGAGGACCGUCAACUUAAGGAUGUAUUUUUAAGGGUAUGGAUAAAUCUUCCAACAACCCUUGAUUUCAUUGACCCUCUACAUGAUCGAGAAAAAAGAGUUAAACAUAUACACUUAUACGAGCACUAAGGUGUAGAAAUUUCUCUUCCUCGAUCAGGCUACGAAAGCAAAAGAACUCCACUCGAGACAUAAAAUGGUGAGGCAUGCAUAAAUCAAGAUUGUGGUGAAGGUAGAGAUGAGCAAAAAAUUUAGUGGAAGCUACAUGUGCUUCGGCCCAAAUUUUUAGUAAUUCUUGAUUUGAGGAAAGUACUCGGAACUGCAUGAGGCAUAUCAAUUUGUCCUUCAAGUGCGCCUGCGAGUGAGUGAAAAUUUCAAAGUUCUCUAAGUGUGAGGGUUGACCUUGUAUGUUUCUUAUGAUCCACUACCUACAAUUAAAAGUCAUGUGAUAUCGUGGAGGCUAGUGAACUAUAUGAUUGUGAAGUGUUGGUCUGUUUGAGGAUAACACGAAACUCGAGUGUGGGGGAAUUUUGAUAACACAUGUGAAGCGCCAUUCUUUACCCUCAUGUCGCGUGCUUGCAUGAUUAUUGUUAUGAUCCAUACUCUAAUUUCUGAAUUAUCAAGGUAAUAACCAUUGAUGAUCCACUAUUUCACCUUGCUCCUAUUAUUGACCUAGUGUGUGCCUUGACCGUUCUAAUGGCGAAACUUGUGUUUUGAUGCUUUGCUUGAGCGAAAUCAAAGGCUUAAGUGUGGUGGUAUUUGAUAACGCAUAAAUAAUACAUGUAUUUAGAUACCUUUCAAGCAUCUUUGCUUGGACAUUUCGACAAUAAUUCUAUGUUUUUGCUGGUUUUAUGCUUGGUUUGUGUUUUAGCAUUUUUCAGAUCAUGAUGAGUGAUUUGAUGAUAUUUGGACGAGAAAUACACAAAGUACGAAUUUUUUGGAGCCUUGGAGCAUUUGGAAUGCUCUAGAAGGUUUUUUCGAGAUCCCCAUGGCUAGCCUCACAAUCAUGGGUCGGACCGUGAAAAUUAGCUAGGAAUUCCCCUCAAUGGCCAAAGACAAAAAUCAGUGUUGAGUGAUUCACGGCCAGUGUCACGGUCGUGACUCGAGCCGUGAACACCCCACGGGUCGUGAAUGAUGACAGAAAGUCUACCAUAGCGACGUUAGACCAUUUAAAGUAUCGGGCAAGGAUGUGAUUUACAGGUGGCCUCACGGUCAUGAACGUACUGUGAAUGACCUUCUGCAUUGAAUAUUUAAGCGUCAUUAAGUCUAAUUGAAAUGUAUUUUAGCCAUACAAACCCUAAAAUGAUCAAAGACGAGUGGGAGAGCAGAAGAAGAGGUUUUCCAUUCGUUCUACCCCAAAUAAGUCACCUUGGAGCAUCCGAUGAAGUCUUCUACGAUGAAAAUAAGUUCUUCUUCUUUUCCAUUGUUCGUUUUCCUUUUAGACAUGAACUAAUCCUCUCUUGUUGUUUAGAUUAAAUGAACGCUAGUUGCAUGAUACUGAUUUGAUUGAUACUGCAUGAAUCUUGAUGUUUAUGAUCUUUGAUUUGUCUAUCAAUGAUAUUUUGGGUAUGCAAUAGCAGUGCACCUAUUGCAUGCUUGCAUGUUUCAUGUGUAUGUCGAGGAGAAGAUCCCCAUAGACGCGAUAUAACACUCGUAGAUGAAAAGGACCUCAAACUACUAGAAGAUGAGGGAGAGGAACUUCUGGAUUAGGGUAAAACCUAAUAGGGGGUCAUGGAGAGAUAAUGAUAUAACCCUAGAUUGCCUCAUUUCCAAGCUUGAAUUACUUGUCCAAGAAGCUUCUCCAACUUAUUUGAACAAUUUGGAUUUUUGGCUAAGUAUAUUGACGAGUUCAUGUCGCCUAAUUUGGGAGCUCCAAUUGGGUUGGUGUAAAUGUGAGUUUAGGGUCUUGUUUUGAACCUAGAGUUUCCCUCUACAAGCUGGGGUGUCAGGGAGCUUGAGGAGAAACUCAGAAGACCAUUGUACAGGCUGACAAAGUGCUUCCUCGACACAUGAAAACUAUCAGAAUCUGCCUAAAGUAUAGAAUUGUGUUCGGGAAGGCCACUUUGAAGCUUCAUUCCAGGAAGAUGGUUUCAAAUUGAGUCAAGAGCUUCUUACUACAUGAAAGUAUGCAUGUUAAUAUACAGAGAAAAGGCAUUGGAUGAUUCAUUUCAUACCUGGAAGUCAUCAAUUGAGAGCCUCAAAGAUUGUCUCAAGGGCUGUUUGGUGACUUGGAGCUGAAGGCAGAAUUCUUUCAUUAUGUGAUUCGGAUUAUUAUUCCUUUUAUGUUUAAGCGUAGUUUUCCAAUUGUAUUAGGUUUAGGAUGUCUUACCUUGUUUAAAACUCUAGCUAGGAUCUAUUUAAGCUUUCGAUUGCGUUGUAAUUGAACUCAAAUUUUAAUCAAAGAACAUUUUUUGUUCAUAGAGCUUGUCUCGUGAAUUGUCCAUGGUUGAGUGGAUUCGAAUCCAUCAAACAAGCAAGCUCAGCAUCGAUUGAUUUAUCCUAUCAAUCAUGGACAAGUUGCUACCUAAAAUUGAUCGAGCAUGUUCCCUCUUUGGUGUUGAAGUUGCACGUUCGACGACCAUCCCCUUUCAUUCUCUGUUUUUGGCUUUGAGUGGGAUCAAUCUUCGUGAAUCCAGCUGGCUGUGCGAUUCUGAUCAAUAAGCUCGAGGUUGAGGGCUUAUCAGACAAAUCGUUAGGAAAUUCGAUCGAGGUCAAAGAGAAUAUCAGAUCUAGGUUAAAUUGACAAAUAGGGUGUUAAUACAUGAGAAGACCGAGUUAACACCAAUUCUGGAAUUCCUAGGGUCAAAGAUUAAAACUUCGAGACUACUCAUGUUCAAUUAGAGAGGUAUGAUUAGCUAGGGGCUUCAAAGUCUGAACAAUACUCUCUCUAUAUGAAUUUGCAUCAUAGUUAUGUUUUGCCUCUACGGAAUUUCAUUUCAUUUUAUUUGGUUUAAAUAAUUGAAAUAACUUAAAAGAGAUUAGUUAAAUAAUAAGAAGCACAUCUAGUAAUUCAUAGUGUCUGUGGUUUAUGACUGUUCUUGGCACUUUGCCUCUACGACAGGUACACUUGACAUAAGUAGUCGCAAUUAGAAAAAGGCGAUCAUCUACCAUCACUUUCUUUCCUUUAUAACUUUAGUAGACAUCCAGAAUUCCAAAAACUGGAACCAAGACUUGUUAAAAGGGUUCCAAAGUCAAAAAGUUCCAAUUUUUCUUCUUUUGGGGUAAAAAAGUACUAGUGAAGAAAAAAAAGGUAAAAGUCGCGGGACCAACGGAGGAAGGGAAGCAGAAGCGCCAUGAGGGGGGGGGGGGGGGAGAGGAAAGAUUGUGAGCAAGGCGCACGACGGGACAAAUCACGGGCGUGCGUGCCCUCUCCCCAUGGUUGCAUCUUAAAUCCGCUUGUUGCUCAAAAACAAAAAUUACCCUUUCUGUACCCAUAUUCACCCAAAUGGCUCUUUUAACCCCAAUUUCUCUAUAAAUACACUUAAUUCAUUCGCUUCUACUUCAUCACUUACAUUUUUCCUCUCAAUUCGCUCUAAUUAUGAUAUUCAUUUUCUUCCCAUCAAAUAAGAAAAUUCUCUUCCUCCCAAACUCCUGAUUAUGUCUCAAAUGAAUUGUCCGCAAAAUUGGAAAGAGUCCGGAGAUGAAGUUUUGUGCAAGACAUGGAUUAGACUUUUGGAGGACAGUUUUGUCUGCCAUAAUCAAUCAUCGAAUGAAUUUUGGAGGCGCGUUGGGAUAAUAUUUACCAAGAAAAGCAUGGGUAUUUCACGUCCUGACAAGGGCCUACAAAAUCGAUGGAAGACCACACUCAAGAAAUGUGGUUCUUGGGAUGCAUCGUCGAGGAGAGCAAGCACAACACCAGCCAAUGAGCGGAAUAAAAUCUCGGCGAUUUGGUUAGUCAAGUGCAAAUAAUAAUUAUUGUGAAUUUAAUUUUUUAAUUGAUUAUAUUUUUCAUAUUAGUUAAAAUUCUUAAUUUAAUUGUCUAGGUUGAACGAGCGAAACAAAUUUUCAAGGUGGACAGCGGAAAGCCUUUCAACUUGCAGCAUUGUUGGGAGAUACUUCAACUUUCACUUUUGGAGUAGCUAGAAUUUGAAUUAUAGCCCUAAAUUUUGGAACUUUGGACCUUGUUAUUAAAGAUAGUCCAAAGGAUAUGAAUCAAUCACCAAAUAUUGUGCUCCUUAUUACUUGUAGAUUUUUUACUGUAACCUUAAGCUAGAAAAGAACAAUCAUGGCCCCGAAAAUUCCACAUUUAGCACAUACGAAUGUAAGAUGGGAGAACAAUCCGCCGAUCUAAUGCAUCGAAACAAGAGAACUUUAUUCAAGCAAAAAAUGUCUCUCUCUUACCUCUCCCUAACAGAACUUUUAAGAGACCUUUCAACGGUUCUUUUUUCGUCUCCUUCAUUGGGAAUUCUACUACUCAAGUUAAGAGCUAUCCUAUGAUCUUCAUUGCAUGUAGCAAAGAUCUACACACAGUUGGUAUCAAUCAAUAUGGGGGAGGCUCAUUUUUUCUAUAGAUUUUAAGAGCCAUCAAUCGAUUGGACAACUCAAUAGAUACUGUGUACUUGUUGAAAAGAAGGGUGUGGUAUGGAAGCCACCAGAAGAGGGGCUUUACCUAAGGCAAAUCAGUAAGAAGGCAAGAGGGGAGGGUAAGGUGAGAUCACAAUUCAGAUUUGUCUCUAGAGACUCUACUACUAGCCUAAUGAAUAUUGGGGGAGAUCAUAGAGUCCAUAUUCGCUGGUUUGACAGAAGAAAAACAGAGAAAAAUUCAAUUCAAUAUGCAGAGAAAUAAUGAAGUUGUUGGCAAGAGAUAUACCCACCACAUUCAAGAGGGAAGAGAGUUUCAGUAAUAGAAGGGGAGCAAUAAAGAGAGGAAACCAGGGAACAGAACAUAUCCUACCUUCUCUCUCGACUUUACUCAAUGCUCCCUCAAGCAUAUGCUUACCAAAACUCACACCAUUUCAGAGAUUAGAACCACUCUCGAUCCAGGUCAAUCCCACACUAUUCCUAUGGAUAUCAACACCAAUGACGCACCAAACAGGCCUAAUGCUGGAAGUAUCAUCCCUUCUUCAUCUAGAGGCAAGGAGGCCGCCCAAUCCUUUCUUUCACUAGUGGCUGAGGAAUCUCCAUGUUGCUAUGGAAGAUGGUAACAUAAAACAAGGUGGCGGUUCCAUAAGCAGCAAGGGAGGCUCGUUAUGCCUGGGGAUGUUAUGGAGAAGUGAACAUCCAGCCUACAGAUACUCCAAACCUAUUCGUCUUCAUAUUUAACAAAGCGGAGAUCGGGGAUAAAGUAUGGAUGGAUACGCCUUGGAGCUAGUCAAACACACUAACAACAAUCGAGAAGUACAAUGUUCGAGGGAUACCAGAAGAUAUACCUAUCGAGAAGGUGACAAUGUGGGUUCAGAUCCAUGGCUUGCACCAGAACCAAAGGAACGAGCAAAAUAUGGAGGCUAUAGGCUCCUCCUAUUUCUUGGAACUCCUUGAUCUAGAUAGAGCUAGCCUAUAUUAUGCUGGUUAUAGAAGGUUUUUAAGGAUUUUGGUGGAGUUCGAUCUUAGGGAACCAGUUCCAACUGAUUUUGAUUUCCCCUUCGUUGAUGAAACCACAGGGGUGGAGUAUUGCGAUGAGAUUACCUUCAAAUAUGAAAGACUGGUAGAGUUGUGCUAUUUUUGUGGUAGAAUCGGUCACAACUUGCCUAACUGUAGGAGGAUGAAUGAAGAGAAGAAGAAUAACGAAGUUGCAUACUUGUCGGAGAUCUACAAUUCCUCUCUUAAGGAAGGAAUUGAUUCACCUCACAGACAUCACUCGACAAGUUUACAAAACAUCGGGGAAAGUAGAGGAGCACAAAGCAAAAUUGUGUAAAGAGAAGGUUUGAGAUCGGGAGGUGACUAUCGACGGGGAGAAGAAGGAGCAAGAGGCUCGACAACUGCUAUUGGAAGUCAAUCGGUGAAUAACCCCCAAAUUCCCCCAGGAUUCACAAUUCAAAAAAUUGAAAAUGAUCCACCACAUAGGGACCAACAGGUGAAUCAAGGGAAGUUGAAAGAGAGAUUUAGGGAAGAGAUGGGAGCAAGGAACCUGAGUUUCGACCUGGAUAUAGCAACGGCGGAGUUGGAAUGGGGAUUGAGGUUGGAAGAAAGUGGCGCUGCCCAGGUUCACCUACUCAAGCAAUACAAGUGGAAACAAAUUUGACUCUCAGGCCGAGUCAGCAUGUGGCCCCAGAGCAGGUCUCAAGCAAAAUUGGCCCAAUCGAAAUAGGCCAAUACUAACAUAACAAUGAGGUCUUAGAAGAAGCAGGUUGGCAGAUGAAGAAAAUGAAGGGAACGAGCCAAGGGAGUGGAGACAGGCCUAGGGCCGAGUUUAAUGAAGAUGCAACCUUUUC